UAACCUUGCGAGAAAAAUCUAGUGUUCUCCAUGUGAAGAAAGUCACUUGUAGUCACACUCUAACUCUCACACAUCACUUCCGGGUCAGCAGAAGGUCUGCAGAGAGCCCAUCCCCCUUCCGUUGCCUAGGAAACUGAUUGAUUGGCGCCAGGCUGCUUGCAGUGAUGAACUGAAAAAUGAACCAAAUGAACUGGGCUAAAAUUCAUUGUGGUUCGUGAGAAAUGAGCUCCCAUGAACUGCUGGUUCGUGAACCAUGAACCGGCCCAGUUCGUGACAAACUUUGGUUCGUAAUUUGGUUCGUGCCCGCCUCUAGUCUAAACAAUAAACUAUUACCUCAGGAUGCUAGGGUGCUUUACACACAGCCUUUAUUUUAGUGCAGGAUGAAAAGAUCAAGUUCAAAGGGGAAAUAAUAGGUCCUAAACUAGGAGAAAUUAUUGGCUGAUCUCUCUCACUUGGUUGCCAGGCUAUUGUAACAAAUGGCUAAGGUGUGACUUUUGAAUGUCGAUUCUCUCCCCCACCCUCAAUUCUGGGAUGGUGAUCUGCUGUAAUAGAAUUUGUGGCUCAUUUGAAAACUCUAAGUAGGACAGGACUGUUUCUUUCCACAACAUGUGGGCCACAUGAAUAAUGCAUUCAAUAAUAAGGAUUAUAUGGAUAUGACAAGCACAGUUCUGAACACAGUUAUUGUAUGGAGGCUAUGGUUACCUCCCUAAUGACAUGAUGAUUUGGAAACUAAAGAGCGACAUCCAGUUGCAUGUUGGCUCACUACAGUAAAGACACAGUUGUACACAAGACCAGGGGUCAUUUCCUAGAAAAAGAACUGCAGGGACUCAUUAGCAUAUCUCAUUAGCAUACGCUAUACCCCCUGACAUCACCUGAAGCGUGUCAGAAGGCACCAUCCACCCCUUAGGCCCCUUUCCCCCCAAAUCUCCAGGUAUUUCCUUAAAGUGGAAUGAACUCAAAGCAGCUUACCCUCCUCUGGAGAGCCAGCCCUGCCUGCUUGCUUGCUUGCUUGCUUGCUUGCUUGCACGCACUCACUCACUCUCACAAGUCACAAAUGAAAAUAAAGCAGGACAAUGAAUUCUAAGCAGCUUACGUUUCUUUGGAGCCCAGCCCCACCCAGCUUGCACUCACGCAUGCACUCACUCACUUUCUCUCUCCCUCUUUCCCACAAGUCACAAAUGAAAAUAAAGCAAGGAGCAGAGCAGAAUGAAUUCAAAGCAGCUUACGUUCCUUUGGAGCCCAGCCCCCACCCAGCUUGCACUCACUCACUCAUUUUCUCUCUCCCUCCCCCUCCAUCCCACGAGUCACAAAUGAAAAUAAAGCAAGGAGCAGAGCAGAAUGAAUUCAAAGCAGCUUACGUUCCUUUGGAGCCCAGCCCCACCUGGCUUGCACUCACUCACUCAUUUUCUCUCUCUCUCUCCCAUGAGACACAAAUGAAAAUAAAGCAACAGAGCCUGCUGCUAAAGACGAGGGCAGCCAGGAGGAACAGGAAUCACGUGAGCAGGGCCAAAGCCCACGUGACCUCUUUUCAGAGCAACCAGAAUGCCAUUCCAGCACAUUCUACCUCCAAAUGAGCCCUGCACAAGACCCUGUUUUGUCCAUGAGAAUAGAUAUGUUUCCUCUAACUCCAGACUACCAAAACUGAUGUCUACUGAACAUGCCCACUGCUAUAUAUUUGUACAACAUCAGUAUAGCAUAUGCCAGAAAGAUGAUGGAAACAUUUGCAACACUGAAGGAAACUGGAACUGUCUGGGGUCUGAGGCUCAGCCCCCAAACUUACCAGGAGGAGGGGACAGGAGACAGCUGGGAGACAGCCACCCAGCCACCCCAACAGUCACCCAGGUCCUGAACAGGCCGGUAGCAGAGAGGGGGAAAGAAGCACCCAAGCCACAGAGGGUCAGAUGGGGCAGGUGGAAGCCAGCUAGCCCCACCCUCUGGUAGAGGCUAAGAGCUCAGGCAGGGACAGUGAGGACAGCCAGGAGGGGACCAGACCAGAGGGAGAAGGCAUAGGAGACAGGGACAGCCAGCUAUCAGACAGCAACCUCACUGGCAGGGGAAGAAAGGCAGCAGAGGCAGCACAGGGCCAUGCCCCAACCUGCAAGCAGGGUGGAAGGGAGUAGCAAGGACCAGGUGAGGCUGGGAGUAAGGCAGCCUCAGGUGGGACUGUCUGAGGCAAUCAGCAAAGAGAGCCCGGCAGCCAGCAAAGGAGGCACAGGUGUGGCUGGCCAGAGCAGCCAGCAGAGCAAUACCAGGUGUGGCUGCCUAGGACAGCCUGGGCCGUGGCUAGAAUGCUGGGGGGCGUGGCUGGCAGGCGGAGCCAGGAAUGGGUGAAGGGAUAUAAGGGAAGCCCACCCAGAGGAUGGGGUGGGUUGUGAAGGAGUGGUGAUAGAGAGGUGAAGAGUAGUGAAGGAGUGGAGAGUCUAGAGUCUAGGAGAGUCUGAGGGAGGAGAAGAGGAUGAGGGUUGGAAGCAAGAAGCAGAGGCGGAAGGGAGCUUCACAGGUUGAGCAGGCCUGCAUGUGGUAGAGAGGGAGCAAGGGUGAUGUAUACCUCCCCUCCUUCCACAGAGCUGGAACCUGUGUUGUCCCUGUCCUCGCCUGGGAGCUGGAGUUCAGGCUCACAGGCGCUCUGUGCAGCCACGCUCAUGCUGAAGCCUGAUAGGAAUUGAAACCAGUUUGUGGCUUCAUCACAUGUGCAACCUUGGCUUGUGGAACUGCACACAGUGCUAUACUCUCUUGUAUGCCUCUCUGUUUUUCCAACAGUUACAGUGACAGCAUUUGAGCCACAGUGAUGGGUGUAAAAAAACCCUUUAUUUGAAAGAAACAGGAAAAGAAAAAGGAUGCUGCUAGCAGGCAGUUAAAGAAACAGAUGGGAUGCCUGAGAGCUGAAAUGUGAAGCUAUGAGCCAAGCACUUUGGAUUUGUGGUUCCUGAAGUUUUUAAUGAUAGCAAACUCUAGAAAUAACUGUAGCAAAAAAGGACAAUUUACUGGCCAAGCUGGCAUUAGCAGGGGCUAAUGAUUGCAGCCAUCAAAGUAGUAUGUGGAUAAAAGCCUACUCCCGAUGGGCUUCAGUGGACACUCUUACCUCAUCAGAUUCCUUCUCCCUUAAGCAACAUCUCCAAGUGGAACUGAGUUAAUGGUUACAAUAGAAGCUGAAGUGGUGGAUGAUGAAGAAGCAUGUCUGUGGGAGCAUAUUAAGGAGGGGAGUUUUGGGAAGCCAAAGUCAGUUUUUUAGAUAGAACUAGUUGUCCCUGAAGGAUUCUCAGCGAAGCUGGCAUCAGAUAUCCAUACAGCACAUUAAUAAAAGUCUGCUGCCUUCUACUCUGAAGUAGAUCUUCCCUCCAGCUCCUUAGGUGCUUGCCACCAUUACUGAUUCCUGCCUGGCCGCCCCUGUUUGGCCAGCCAUGCUGAUCCUGACCUGUCCUUUCAAACUGCAGCUGCUAGAGGGGGUGCUGCGAAGGAGCCUGCCUCAGGCACUUCCGGUCUGUGGUGUAGUGAUGCACAUCAACCGUGGAAAUCCAGUUCAGCAUGAAGUGGUGGUAGACUCUUGGCCAGAAUUUAAGGCUGUUCUUACCCGCCCAUGUAAGGAGGCAGUGAAAGACAAGUGGGACUUCUAUGCCAACUUAUAUGCCACUUUCUAUAGAGAUGCAGAUGCUUGUCAAGCAAUGCUGGAAGAUCCAGAAGCUAUUAACUGGAGCAAUGCCUUUCAGCUGCAAGGCAUCCAAGAUGGAAUGUAUGAAGCGGCCAGAAAUAUUGCAGAGUCAAGACAUGUCAAUCUGAAGCCGUACCUCUACCAGACGUGUAUACAUCCAGGACCACUUUCCUCCGGUCAGAGUUGGCUGAAAAGUGACUUCUUCCAGUUUGGCACCCUCAACCCAUCUCAUGCAACUAUACUCAAUGAAGUCUGGGAUUUUGGAGGCAACAGUCGAAGUUUGCGGUAUCUAGACUGCCUGAUCCGUGCCUUCCCUAGUGCUUGCCUCAUGGACAAAGAAGGGCAGCUGGCCUCCUGGUGCCUUAGUGAUCCAUUUGCUUGUCUGGCACAUGGCUAUACUUUCCCUCAGUACCGGGGACAGGGCUGUAUAGGAGCUGUGCUACAGGCAACAUCUAGAAAACUCCAUGCUAGUGGGUUCCCACUCUACUGUGGUGUCCUGCCAGAGAACCAGCCUUCCAAGCAGUCACUGAAGCAUCAGGACUUCCAUAUUCUCCCUGAGACAUAUUACAUGCUUAUUUUAACACCAACUCUUCUUGACCCCAAAGAAUAGGAGACAGCUUUCACUUCCAGAACCAGGGCUCCUUAGGCAGGGUAAAGAAUUUUAGGCAUGCCAGGUAAGAUUUGCAGCCAGAUUCAAAGACAUAUUCUGGAGAUCAUUAAACUGGUAAGAACAUU